UUAUUCACUUAUUAUCUAUCUAUUUUUUUGCAAGUUGAUGACACGUUCUUCUGUACAUCAAAUGUGCCCUUUUCCAAGUUGGAAAAGUGGGACAUCCAACAUGAUCAAGAGCCGGCGACUGGAGCAGAGCUUGCAGUUUCUACAGCAAAAGGGGGCCUGGCUUCAUUAGAGUCUGGGAAAUGAGGUGUCAGCACCUGAGAUCAGCUAACAGACGACAGUCCCUCCCCUUGUGCCAAACCACAGCUGUCACCCUCAACACUCGGCCACAUUUCACGAACAAGGAGACCCGAAGCAUUGUCGCCGGUACCAAGGGCGUCAUUGCUGGGAGGAGAAAAACAGAAAGAGAAGAAGGGUGGCUACAGGGUUGUAAAGUCGUUUUUGCCCUUGCACCUGCAGACGGGAGCCUCAUUGAGAUUCCCGUCAGGAGUCCCGUCGACAGGUGCGCCGUGGCACCGCAGGGUGCAACCUGCGGCAACUUCCACAGAAACCCUCCUCCAUGCAGUGGCGAGAGCCAGAAAUCAACCAGCGGCGACGAAAACGACAAAGGAACUCGCACGUUGACCCAACUUGGAUCGGUGGUCGGGUUAAUUCACGCGCCGCCGGCGCCGCCUCGCGCAAAAGCGUUAAUUGGCGACGGGAGACCGGAGCGCACGCGCCGCAUGGAGCCACUCGCACCGACGGCGUCGUCUUUUACUUACAGUUCUCAAGAACUGGAUCUCAUCUUCCCCUUCUCCGCCCUCAGCCAUGGCUGCGAAGGAGCCUGCUCAGACUCUGGAAGCCACCACUGACUGCCGGCAGAAACGCGAUGCUGUGCCUCUCGAGCCGAUAUUAGCAUGGAGCUCAUCCACAGCCAUAUAGGGCAGCCCGGCGAGGACCCCCCUCAUCCCCUCCUCCUCCUCCUUCUCCUCCUCCUCUCCCUCUCCCACCUACCUACCCCUCCAUCCACCCUUCCUCCUCCCGCCUCCCUCCCCCUCCCCCGCGACCCGACGCCAGCAGCAGCAGUGCGGACCGGCAGUGGACGCUCGGAGCCGGGGCGUCUCAGGACGAGCUCCCGGUUUGGAUGAUGAUGAUGAUGAUGCUGUCUUCGCUGCUGCUGCUGCUGAUGAUAAUGAUGAUGAUGGCUGCUGUGCUGCCGAUGAUGAUGAUGGUGAUGCUCAGAAGUAUAACACAACUUUUUAGAAUGUUUGCGGUGAAGCCACUGUGUCAAUUGAGUCAGCAGCUCUGAGGACCCGGUGUUGGACAAUGACGCACGGCGGUCAGAAGGUCGAUAUGAAUGGCAGCAGUGGGGCUGAAUGGGAAGUAAAGAGUGGAUCAGUCUCCCUGUCUGCACCCAUGCACACCAAUCCAUACAGACACUUCACUCAAUCUGAAGACAGAAAUUAUUUUACUUCACAUAAACCAUCUGUUUGGUUUCACUUUCACUUUCUGUGACAGGGCUCAUUUUAUACCUAUUAAGCAAACUUACAUAAAUGCAUAUUUGGCAACAUGUAUUUAGGUACAUAUCCUGCCCACUUGCUUAUUCACUUACUUGUUUGAUUUCAUGUAAUUAUUUCAGAAGUUAGUAUUUAGGCAGCAGUUACAACAAUAUACAAUACAGUUGUGAUUUGGUGUUCGGAAAAAGCACUAAAGCAUGUUAUAGCAAGUCAUUUUCACCUAUACCUGGCCACACUGACUGUAUUUAUUUGAGCAAAUGUAUGCAUUUGUAAGAUUUUUUAUGACGUUAGCUGAAAAAAAAUAUUGUUUCUAUACUUUGAAUGAAUUGAAAACCAUAGUAGACAGUCAAAUUUCCUAAUAUUAUUUCGUACAAAAAAAUCUUGAUGUAAAAUAUACCCCUCAGUACGUGCAUAAAAUCUUGCUCCUGAUCCAUUUGAAUUGAAUCUGAACCAGUUCCCAAAAGACAUUGAUGACAUCUAGUGGUCAGAUAGAGAACUUUCGAUGCACCUGUGCAGUGAACAUGAAUUUGAAUGCAGUUCUCGUCCAGUAAAUCAAUCAUGCCUUAAUAUUUGUGCCAUAAUAAUAUCAGUUUGGCCAUGCUAUGUUUCUACAUUCACAGACACUUGAACUUUUAAAAUUUGAAAAUCCCUUCCUAAGAAUCCGUUUAUAGAACUAGUGUCACACGAGCUGCACAAUAAAUUAGGUUUGCUGGCUUUUUUUCUUUUUAAGAUGUCAAUCAAAACUGGCGUUUGGUCCAGUACAUUGUCCAUAUUUCAUCGCCACAACCAGUUUUGCAUGUUUAAAAUGUAAUCUGUGACAGAAUAUUGUUUUAAAAUUGUAAUCACUUUAAACGUAUCCGACAAUUAUAAAUUUAAGCAUGGAUGACAGUUGCUGCAGUCCACAGAUGUCAGUGUUGUGGUGUCAGUGACACCGACAGCUGUUUUUCUUUUCUUUAAACUUCUGUAAUCCAUCACAGACAGCUGGUCGGCAGGUUAGAUUAGCUCCGUGCCACACUGACCAGUGUGCAGCUCAGCAUGGUGGACCGCUGACCCAAAUAGAGUUCAUGAUCAGUGAAUGGCUGGAGGGCAGAUGUGAUUUACACGCUCCAGGUGUAUAAUCGCACGUACUGUAUCCAUUGGCAUGAACCCGCAAACCUCAACUCUCAGGGAGCAACAGCAUUUCACAUCAUGUUAAUCUCUUCGACAGUGGUGGAAUGUAACUUGCUCAAGGGUUUUAUAUAAUAUGUCUUGUUAUAGAUUAAACUCCACAUUUAAAGUUGUUUAAAAUCGGUGCUACCUCCACCUGCUACAGGAAACUUUUGCUUCCAGAGAAAUCAAUCUGUAAUAAUAAGACAACGGUAUACUAGAUUCCCUUUUAAAGUUAAAAUGGGCCAUGCUGCUGCAUAAAGAGUACUUUUACUUUUGGUACUUCAAACACAUUUAGCUUUUAAUACUGUAUUUUCUUAAGUAAGAUUUUGAAUGCAGGACUUUCAUCUUAUUACCUUUACUAAUGUGAAGGGAUUUCAUAUGUCCUUCAAAACCUAUUCCAGCCAUAUGCACGGCUGUGUGUACAGAAUUAGCUGUCCCAUUGUUAAAGCAAAAAAUGCGACUUUCAACCAUAGUACUUUUUUCGAAAUCUUUCUUAACAAAUCUUUUGUUUAUUAAAUGGAGGACAUUUAGUGGGGACUAAUGUCAAGAAGAUUACAACUAUAAGUCCAAAUGCCCAUUGAGCCUGCCGUCUGCUUGUUUAUGUGCUCCCCCUCUGUACCUGUCAGCCCUCCGUGGGAUUAGUGGUCAUGAUCUUUAUCCGAUCCGAACAGUGCAAGUGACCUGCUGCAGCGUGGAGGGAUGAGACGGUAACGGGAUUUGUGGGGUCGGACAGCGGAGUAUUCCCAGGUCUGAACAUGACAAAGUCUCAAUUUAUGCUGUCAAAGAACCAUCAACUGCUUUAUCUCUGGUAGUAAAAUACCAUCAUGGAGAGCAGUCUCACCACUUUACCCCUCUACACAACUAUCAGCCAGAGAAGCCGCGUGAGUCCGCCCUCCUCUUUCCGCAGGGGUGCGUAUACCCCCUCUAAAGCCCCUCUCAGCUUCCAACAUGGACUAAGCUCCAACUGCGAGGAGGAGGGUCCAGCUGAAACUGUGAAGCGGGGUCAAGCAGUCAAAUUCGGCCUUACAGACUUGAAAGAAACCCUCAAAGCGUCAGAUGACUCUUCUGAGAGCCGUGGGCUCACAGAGUUGUUACCAUUGUGUCUGGAGUGGCAGGCUUUCACGAGCAUGGGAAACCAGCAGGGCGCGAAACCCACUGCAGAGAGUCGGGAUACUCUACCGAACUCCCCCAGAAUCCAGAUCCCUCGGAAGAGAAGGAGAAGAGUGGAGAGGCCAGUUAACUCGGGCGCACUUCACCAUAACCUCAAGAUGACACUCGGGACUCCUCGAUCGCCUUCGAAGGCAAAGAGGCUGACAGAGCUUCAGAUGACCAGCUCUCCUACAUUUGGGGAGUGGGACUGGGAGGAAGACGGGUCGAUCUUCUACGCUCCUGCAGCCAGGAGAAAGGGAGCUACUGUGAAAGACAGGUGGGAUAAAAGUGCUUCAACACAGGAGUUAAAGCCAGUGUGGAGAGUAAAGCUGCCCGAUGUUGCAUCUGGAGAAUUUCCUAGAUCUUGCACUAAAAAAGGCCCUCACAAAAAGGAUUUACCCAUAAAGAGUGAAUGUGCUUUUGCUGACUCAGACACUGACCUUUCUGAAUAUGACAACGAGUUGUAUAUCACUCAGCCUAGUCCUGACUCAACUAGGAAGACAGAAGAGAGAACCAGGAACACAACAGGAAAAGCCCAGAUCACCCAAUCGGCAAGCCAGAAACGCGGAGGAAAGAAGGCCGAAGUUGAGGGGAUGAAGUCCCCUAAGUGGUGGUUUGAAGAGUUGGGGAAGAGGGCGGCAGCACGGCGAGUAAUUGGCAAAAUCGAGGAAGUUGAAGGAAUCAUACGAAGGGUGAGUCUCACCAGUCUGGACUGGAUCAAAGAGGGUAGUGGAGGCGGCGAUGAACAGCAGUUUAUCCCGGAUGGAUGCGUUGGUGAGGAUCAGUUGCAAAUCCUGCAACAGCGACGCGGGCCUGAAUUCAGUUCUGAUUCCCCAAAGGAGACGAAUAACAUGGGGCAAAAUGAAGACAAGCCCCCACCGGUUGAGGAACUCCGUGUCCUGUGUGAAGCUCUGACCCAGUGCCUCCAUCAGGCUCUGAGGAUGGAGGGAGCGAAAGCAGACGUUGAAGCCCUCAAAGAGCACAAACAGAAGAGAAACUUCUGUGAACAGAAUCCAAUGGGAUCAAAUAGGAGAAACCUACCAUCACAUCCUUACGACUUCAUCUCAGCACUGCCAAACAAUUCUUCACCGUCACUUUCAGUUGGUGGAGGAACUUCUCCUGUGCCGUCUUUGUCUCUGUCCACAGUCUUGGAUGUUUCUCCAAGAACAUCUAGCAGCUUUGAAGGUAUGUCCCCGAUUCUGUCGCCAUUGUUGCAGACAUCCACCCUGUGCAGCCCCGGGCACAGCCAUCACUCUCUGCCUUUGAACCAGACAGAUCGGCACGAAGACGACUGCUGUAGGAGUCACAAAGAGCGCAGGAACUCAGAAGACCGUUUGUUCUCUCUGGGUGCUGGAGGCUGUGGAAGUGCCACCACAGUCACCGGUGCAACAGAACAAAAGGAUCAGAGGAAUCAAGGAAAGAGGUUUGAGUGGACGAGCCUGGGACUGAGUGAUUCGAAUCUGAUGCAGGCAUAUGGAUGCACUAAAGAGACAGAGGCCAGCCAAGAAUUUCUGCUCUCCUCAGACGAAGCUCUGCAGAGACAGGAGGAGAUCUGGCAGCAGGAGGUCGAGGAGUCGCUCUCCGUCUGCCUGUCACUCUCUCACCCGUCCAGACCGAAACACAUUGACUUCCUACGCAUCACCGCUCCUGAGGAUGACAUCGUCGAUACGCCUACGCCCACACCUCUCCCCCAGGAGUUUAGGUCGGAGGCCUCCACGCCAGGGGAGGGAGAGGAGCGAACUCCUGGUCGUUUACAAGCCGUCUGGCCUCCAAUCAAGGAGGAAAAAGUUGGGCUCAAGUACACAGAAGCAGAGCAUCAGGCCGCUCUGCUGCAGCUGAAGAGAGAAUGCAAAGAGGAGCUGGAGAAGCUACAGGAGGAGUACGGUCAGGAACUCUCCAGACUCCGGGUGGACAACGAGGACAGUGUCGCCCGUCUGGAGUUAUCUCUGGCCGAGCUGCGGGCCAAACUCUCCCAGGUCGGGACCCACUGUAGAGGGGAACUCCGGGACGUCGCCGUAUCCACCGGAGACGACUGUGUACAAAAGUGUUUCCGCACCGUCUGCGUCCAGACGGACAGAGAGACCUUUGUCAAAACUGCAGAGGAUGGGGAAGGGACAGGGAGGGCAUGCACGAGUCCUCAGCAGCAGAAGGUGACCCCCAAAAAGCUGGACCUGGCUUCUAUCAACCUCAGCCUGGCCAGUCAGCGGGACGAUGCAGUGUCCUCCUCUUCGUCACCUGUCCCACCAUCACAAACACGUCCUCCUGUUGGUGCCACGCUACCUCUAACAGAACAACCAGCAGCCUCUUCUCAGGGAACGUUACCGAACAAAACAGACAAUCCCCCUCCUCCUCCUCCGCCGCCACCACCCCCGCCCUGUUUUUCAUCAUUCCCAAAUAACAUGCAGACAUCAAAUGGCCCUCCGCCACCUCCGCCACCCCCACCUCCACCAACCAUGCCUGGCUUAGCUCCCCCACCUCCUCCUCCUCCAGGUGGGGGUUUCGUAUUGGACAAACCUCCCAGGAAACCAACAGUGGAGCCUGCCCGACCCAUGAAGCCUCUUUACUGGACCAGGAUCCAGGUCCAGGACAACAACAACAACACACUGUGGGAUGGUUUAGAGGAACCGAAUAUUAUUAACGCCGGUGACUUUGAGGAUCUGUUCGCCAAAACCACCACACAGACCAAGAAGAAGCCGCUGUCCGAGGCUUAUGAGAAGAAAGCCAAAUCCAGGAAGAUCAUUAAGCUGCUGGACGGUAAGCGCUCUCAGGCCGUUGGCAUUCUCAUAUCAAGCCUCCACCUGGAGAUGAAAGAUAUACACCAAGCCGUACUGACUGUGGACCACUCUGUUGUGGACCUGGAGACCAUUGAAGCACUGUAUGAAAACAGAGCGCAGCCCGAGGAGCUGGGGAGGAUCAAGAAACACUACGAGAUGUCGGAGGAAGAGGAAGUUAAACUGCUGGACAAACCCGAACAGUUCCUGUAUGAGCUGUCGCAGAUCCCGGACUUUGCAGGAAGAGCUCACUGCAUCAUCUUCCAGUCAGCGUUCGUCGAUAUGAUCGCGUCCAUCCAACGCAAGCUCAACACAGUCUCCUCUGUCUGCAAGGCACUGGCGGAGAGUAACGAUGUGAGGGAGGUGAUGGGCCUUGUGUUGGCCCUGGGAAACCACAUGAACGGAGGCAGCAGGACCAGAGGUCAGGCGGACGGCUUUGGCCUGGAGAUACUCCCUAAACUCAAGGAUGUCAAGAGCAGAGACAAUCGUAUCAGCCUGGUGGAUUAUGUGGUGUCUUACUACCUGCACAAUGUGGACAAGAGCGCCGGCACAGAGACGAGUAUAUUCCCCCUUCCUGAACCUCCGGACGUCUUCCUGGCUGCACAGGUCAAGUUCGAUGACCUCAACAGAGACCUGAGACAGCUCGCACGGGAUCUCACAAGUUGUGAGAAAGAUUUGCAGAAGGUUUGCUCUGACUCUCCUGAAGAACACCUGCAGCCGUUCAAAGACAAGAUGGAGACUUUUGUUCUCAGUGCACGGAAAGAACACGCAGAAGCUUCCUAUCAGCUGAUGAGCGUGCAAAAAAGUUUUCAAGACUUGGUUCUGUACUUCGGACUGAAGCCCAAAUCUGGAGAGAAGGACGUGGCUGCUGCUCAUUUCUUCAUGCUCUGGUUUGAGUUUUGUGCCGACUUCAAAAACAGGUGGAAGAGGGAGAACAAGAAUAUCUCCAAAGAGAGGUUAAAGGAAGCUCAGCUGUCAGUGAAGCGAAUCACUGCGGAGAAGAAAGUGGAAACGAGAAAGAUCAACCCCAACAGCCUGAAAGAACGACUACGUCAGAAAGAAGCCAACAUGUCUUCUGCUUAAGAGACUUCAUCUUUCAACAUCUGGGUCAUUUCAGUCACACGACCACCUUCUGCUUGGACCGGAUGGUGUCAACAUCUCAGACGUUGAUGUCAUUGAUUUGGAAACGUGGUACCACACCAACGACUCACCUUUUAACAGACUUCAUUUGUUAUUCUUACAUUGCUGGGAAGUAUAUUAAAUACAAAAAAAUGUGUUUUUUAGAGAUUAAAGACUGGAACAAUUGUGCAAUAAGUAGAUCAGAGAUAGAUUUAACUGUAUUAAUUCUUAUUUUGCACUUGAUUUUGCAUUAAUGCUGACAUGUAUAGUUGAGAAUCUUUUACAGUAUUUUUCAACAAAUAAAGUCGCUGAUCAGGAAAGAAAAAAACGGGGA